GUGAAGGUUUAGUUACCAUACGACGUCGUGCUUGGCCCUCCUGUGGAAAGCCACCCAAAACCCAGAACACCGAAAGGAAUAAUAAGGCAGCGACUUCACCUGAAAACUAAAAAGUAAAGGGGAAACUUGGAGAAGAAGAAGAAGAUCAACAAUGAGCGACGAAGGCCCCAAGCUCUUUACCCACAAACCUAAAAAAUCGAAGUUGAAGCCAUCUGGAAUGGCGUCCUCGUCGUCAGCGGGAGCCGCAGCUCCUCCUCCUCCUCCUCCGCCGCCGCCGCCGCUGCCGCCGGUUAAGGAGCCGUUCCUCCAGCGCUUUAAGUUCUAUAAGACGCUUGUGUUGGUUCUCAGUUUAACCGUUGGAGCCUAUGCUUUCACGAGGACUGUGUUGAAAGUGGGACCAUCACAACAAGAGAAACCUGAGGAUCCUACGAUUUCUACAUCAUCAUCUUCUACAACCCCUGCCACUGCCACUGCCUCUACCAGUGCUAUCACCGAACAGCCGGUUACUCAGCCCACUGUAGAGCCCAUUCAACGAACACCAAUUCCGGGGGAACAGCAGCGUGAACUGUACAAAUGGAUGCUAGAGGAGAAGAGGAAAGCGAAGCCAAGAGAUGCCGAAGAGAAAAGGCGCAUUGAUGAGGAGAAAGCCAUUCUAAAACAGUUCAUCCGAGCCAAGACUCUCCCCACAAUCUGAGAAAUUUCUGCAUCAAGGGAUCCUUAAUCAGUUCCUUCUCUACACCAAAAACUCGAGGUAAAUUGCCUGCGUUUUGUUGGCCUUCAAUAUUUCUGCAUGCAACUUGGGAAGAAAUUUGUUCUGCUUAGCAUAGUCAGACUUAUAAAGUGUUUCUUAAUGAAAUUUGAAUCUGAAUGCUUUGGUUGAUGAUGAUUUCAUGUUAUCAAAUGAUUCAAAUCGUAUCAUAUAUUGUCAA